AUGGCGCCGACGCAGCACAAAGCUCUCAUUAACGUUGACAUGGGCGAGGCCUAUGGGAACUACCUAUGCGGUCCGGACCAGGACUUGCUGCCGAUGAUAGAUCAUGCAAAUGUAGCUUGUGGUUUCCAUGCUGGGGAUCCCCUCAUCAUGAAGCAGACUGUCGCCCUAUGCAAGGCCCACAAUGUUAAGAUUGGUGCGCACCCGGGGCUUCCAGAUAUCCAAGGAUUUGGCCGCCGGGAGAUGAAGCUGAGCCCCGAAGAGCACACAGCCAACAUCAUCUACCAGGUCGGAGCCCUACAAGGGUUUCUCUCCGUCGAAGGUGUCGAACUGCAUCAUGUCAAGCCCCAUGGAGUAUUAUACGGGAUGAUGGUGCGAGAUCUGGAAGUGGCUCGCGCUGUUUGGGCCGGUGUGCCAAAAGGGAUGCGGGUGUUUGGACUUGCUGGCACGCAUAUGGAGACGGCAGCACAGGAAGCCGGUCUUGAGUUCUGGGCCGAAUACUACGGAGACGUCAAGUAUCGCGCCGACGGAACACUAAUAGUCGAUCGCAAGAAACAGCCGUGGCUUAUAGAUGAUGUGAAGGAACACGUCAGGUCGCAACUUGAGGAGAGCCGGGUCAGGGCGGUUACAGGAGAGACUGUAGACCUACCUGUCAAAGACUAUCCUGUCACUCUCUGCUGCCAUUCUGACUCGCCUGGUUGCAUUGAGAUAGUGAAAGCAACUAGGGAGAUUGUCGAUAGUUUCAACAAGGCUCGAGGGUUAUAA